UUGGGCGUCCCACAGACCUCGGGAGACAAUCAAUACCUGCCAGCAGAUGGGCUGCACCAUGGCAUGGCCCAGCCCAGCACAUGGGACCGCUUCUACAUGCAGCAGGCUACAGGUGGGACCCCGACCCACUUCAACUGGUUCUUUGACUACGCCGCUAUCUCUGGGCUCCUGCUUCCAGCUCUGCAGGAGUAUGGCUCACCCGAAUCCAACCUCAGCCCCAUGCGGGUGCUUGACGUAGGCUGUGGCACUUCAGAUCUGGGCCUGGGACUGUAUCGGGACUCUCCACACCCUGUCCACAUAUCUUGUGUGGAUGUGUCUCCUGUGGCCAUCAGGUCUCUGCAGUGGCUGCUCCAGGAGGUCCCCCCACCCCGACACUCCCUUUCCCAGCUUCAUCUGCAUGUGGCGGAUGCGACUAACCUUGAGGGGGGGAGCUUUGGGGAUGGUUCCUUCCAUGUGGUGCUGGACAAGGGCACCUGUGAUUCACUGUUGCGCUGCCCCCAGGGACCAGGCCAGGCUGGCCAGCUGGUGGCUGAGUGCCUGCGGGUGUUGUGCCCAGGGGGCAUCUUGCUGCAAUUCUCAGAUGAGGACCCAGAUGCCAGGAUCCCUUUCCUGGAACGGGUGGGAGGGGCUGGUGUGACAGUGCAGGAGGUCGGGCACAUUAAUGGCAUCUGCUACUUCAUCUACAAACUCAGCCAGCCAGUCCUGGAGUCACCAACCAAGGGACUGCUGAACUAGGAUGGCACAGGAGACCCUGUGUUAUUGGGCCAUGAAGACUGCACAAAGGGAGUGUAUGACUCAGGGACAGGAUGCAUUAGGAACUAGGGGGAUGGUGCCCUCAGCCAGCAGGCUGCCACAGCAGCAUGUACUCAGGUGGGGGUGCCCAAGCCAACAGGAGAAUUGUUAAUAAAGGAAUUAUCACCUUU